AUACAGUUGGUACGAAAUGUGUAAGCUUAUCUUAUCCCAGAGAGCAAAAUAAGGUCUCUUUGUGAUUCAGAUAUUUUCUUGGCGCAAAAAUACAGUUGAAAAACAGUUACAGGUACUUAACAGAAACUAAUGAAGCAGCAUUAGCUGCUUAUCUUUCUGUUGUAGGAAGAAGAUGAAGAUGUUCAGCAGCAUUAGCUGUAUCAGUGUCCCCAUAACCUUCCCUGUCGCGAAAUCUCCAGUUCUCUGCUCCCUCCCUGACAACAAUAGUAGCAACAGCAGCAGUGAGGACUCUUCUUCUCCUGCUGGUUCGAUACGUAGAACACGAAAGGCUAGGAUACCAACCUCAUCCUCACAACCACUGCAGAAAAAGCCUUCUGUGGCUGAAAUCGAACGAGCCAUUGGUGCAGGUGUUUUCAGAGACAGAGACACUGAUGGUGAUAUGGAACAGAAAACACUGUUUGAUACAAUUUUGUCGAAUUCAAUUGGUGAGAGUGAAAGUUCCGUGGAGAAGAAGCUCCGCGAGACUGGAGAGUGGAUUCUUGAGAAAACUGAAGGCCCAUCCUCUCGCUCUGCUGGGAAAAACAUUCUGAAGACCGUAUUCCUAUUGAUUCUACCAGUGUGGAUCAUCUCCUUCCUAGUAGCUGCAGGUUUCGUAAAACUCCCCUUCGCCACUCCAAUUCUUGAUGACUGGAUUCUGUAGUACAAGAAAUGCAUCAGAAUUCAUGCAACUACUCUGAAAUAAUCAACAUUCCCCUCCAAGUCCAUCAAAUCACAGGAAUGAUGAAAUGCUUAGCUGCAGCACCUCUAAGGCGCUAUCUCGGUCCAAUUUGUAUCAUUAUUUGCAAUACCAGAAGAUUAUUUCUCGAAAUUCUGGUUUGUUCUUCAGUAUCUUAGUUUCGAAGAUCAUAUAUACAUGAACCGGUCAAUAAAAAUUCUGCGUCCGCCACUGAGUAACAGGAUCGUGUU